UGCCACGUUUCUUAACCAUGCACUUCGUAUGUGCUCAACUGACGUGUGAAGUUCAAAAGAGAAAAGAGUUUGAAGCUUUUCAAAGAGAAUGAUGUUAUAUAUAUACUGUAUUACGUCGUAAAAUUUACAUGGUAGAGAUGAGUCAUCGAUCUUAUAUAGUCUUGUGACAAAAAAAUUUAUAAAAGUCAACAAUGUCCGGUACAAGAUUUUGUAAGAUCUUACAAGAUCAUAUGAAUUCUUGUCAUAAGGUCUUACAAGACCUUGUCACUUCUCAUAACCAGAUCUUGGGGGGUCUUAUAACAAGAAGUUACAAGAUUCCAUAAGAUCUUAUAUUAUCUUAUAAUGAGGUCUUGUAUGAUCAUAUCGUAAGACCUUAUUACAAGAUUUCACAAGAAAACAUCAGACCUUGCAAGGUCUUACAAGACGUGUUUCAUCUGGGCCUGGUCAGACAAACGUUUGUCUUCUGGUAAACAUAGAAGUUAAAAAUAGUUCCUCAAAAAACAGGGAUGGUUUCUCAUUAUAGUAAACAUCAACUGUCAUUAAAGUAAUGGAUCUGUUAUAUGAGCGAUUUUACUUGAAAUCAUCUUAACCAACGGAUCCGUUUGCGAUGAAACAAUGUAAACCUCCAACGCCUGUACUGCUAUACUAAAACUUCGUGCAUCAUGCAUUGUCAUAAAAUGAAAAACACUAUUCCUGUAGAGAUCAUAUUUUUUUGCCUCAUGGCACAUGAGCGAGUGUACAGAAUGGCUUCUGGAAAGUAUCGUUGUAUUGUGUUUCUAAGAGAACUAGGUUUCGCUAAAAUUUUAGUGAGUAACGGUAUAGUAGCGAUGAAUUUUACCCAUCAGACACAAUCUUCAAAUAAAUUAAAAAUUCACAUUUUUUGAGAAACUUAAUAUAGUAGCAACGAAACCUAAACAUAAAGAUGGGUUUUAUUAUAGUUUUAUCGCUGUUUCUUCCAGCAAGGCGACAGAUGUCAGGCCAAUUUUUUGCAGUACAAUUGCGUCCUCCAUCAGACUAAUAGACAUUGAUGUUGCUUUUAGGGGGAUUAUGGCGAAUUUCAACAAAUCACAAGUUGCUUUAAAAUUUUGACAGAUAUUUAAUGAAUAAUAAGAGAGGGUGAUGAGCGAGAAGGAGAGAGAAGUAAACAAUCAAAUAAAAUAAAAAGAGUACCAUGCUGAUGAUAAUGAAUGUAUAGCCGAAUCUCGAAAACUCAAAACAUCGAUAGCGAAAACGGAGAAUGCAUAAGAUCGAAAAUAAGAAUGGCGAAAACCUGAAAUGUAGAAACAAAAAUGACGAAAGUACAGAAUGUCGAACGGUAAAAACAACAACAAUGUUUUGAAAGUGAACGGACUUUUAUCUCCAAAAUGUUUCUUGGUCAUGAUUCUUCCGAUCGAUCUGCGAAUCUUUUGUACACAUGUUCAUUUUGUUUCUAUGUGAAAUAUUUUGCCGCUCUGUUGGAUGAGUUGAGAUUAACAAGUAUAGACCAUAGUCUACGUAUCUCGAUCGAUUUGUCUAUCACCUACGACGAAUUCUUAACACAUCUUGCUUUAUUUUCUUAUAUCCUCUCACACUUAUCUUCCUGCUUCCCACCUCUCCCCAACGCACAUAUUUUAUUGUGCUUAUUCGGUUGUCGUUUUUACUAAACAGUAUUGUGAAAAUACAAGUCACUACAUUUCCGUUAUUUUACCGUUGGACAUUCAACAUUUUCGAUAUUUCAAGCUUUCGACAUUUUUCACUUUCGUCAUUUUUGUUUUCUACAUUUCAGGUUUGCGCCAUUCUUAUUUUCGGUCUUGUGCAUUCUGCGUUUUCACGAUUGGUGUUGUGAGUUGAUGACUAAAGACAUACAUAUCAGAAUAAUAAACUCGUUCUGUCAGUUAUCUGGAAGAUGGGUGUUUGUUCUACCCACAACUUGUUCAAUUUUCAAUAAACCUACAAAAAAAUUUGAGAAAAGGAAUAAACUUGAAAAGCAGGAAGAAUGAGUGACUGAUGUUCGGCUCCAAGGUCUAUCAUCAUGGGCCUAAACAGAAGUAACGGUAGUGUUAAGUUUAAAUUAGUAGAAAGCACAGAUUUGAAAACGUUUUUUUGAUUAGUGAUUGGAUGGAGAGGAAACUAAACUUUUACUGCGAUAAUUUGAAUUUAUAUAUUGAAUUGAUCUGUACUUUCUAAGCCGAAGAAAAAAUAUUUUCGUUUUUUCACCAGGCGUGGGAUAAAGAUUUUCUUUUAAAGGUUAAUGGAAUAACUCAAUUGGUAGAAUAGUAGGAAUAUAUGAAGUAUAAAACUGCUGUAAAAUUCAUUAUUUUUACAGCAGUUUUACACUUCAUUUACUCUUAGCUACUGGAACAAAGUUUCCGUUACACCCAUCUUGCAUUUUUAAGCAAAGUGGACACAAUUUACUGUGGGUCUACUGUAAUUAUGUUAUUACAAUGCAGAAAGCAUUUUCUACAAUUUUCGUUAAGGAAAUUUUUGUUUAUUUAAUUUUUAGCACGUGUAUCACUUAUUUGAAUUCAACGUUUUAUUGGAUGUAGCUGCGUGGCAUGAAUGAUCAUGAUGGGUUUGAGUGUAUAAUUGAAGUUCUAAAUGAAACUGAUCUAUCACAAUAUUUAGCUAAAUUUAGAGAUGAUUUACAGAUAACGAAAUUAGCUCAUUUUGACUUUGUUCAGAGUCAAGAUUUAGAACGAAUUGGUUUAGGAAAACCUGCCAUUAGACGAUUAUUAGCGGCUGUUAAACGAAAACGAAAUGAUUUAAAAAGACGACCAUCAAUAACAGCUGUAUUAUCAAAUGGAUCACCAGACACACGAAUCGAUUCAUCGACUAUAUCUUCCUGUUUAAUAAAUGAAAAAGAUGUCACUUUGCUUGGAACACUAGGUCAAGGACAGUUUGGACUUGUUAGGAAAGGAGAAUGGAUAAUAAACAAUGGGAAAAGGGUUGCUGUGGCUGUGAAAAUUCUCCGUAGUGGAGUAAAUCCCCAUUCUGAUACUAUAUUAAACGAUUUUAUUCGUGAAGUUAGUGUGAUGCAUUCAUUAGAUCAUCAAAAUUUAAUUCGAUUACACGGAAUUAUUCUCACAAAUCCAUUAAUGAUGGUUACAGAACUAGCUCCAUUAGGUUGUAUUUUGAAUCGUUUACGUAAUGAAACUCAACAUUUUCUUAUUUAUAUGUUGGUCGAUUAUGCGUCACAAAUUUCAAACGGAAUGGAAUAUUUAGAAACAAAAAGAUUUGUACAUCGAGAUUUAGCUGCAAGAAAUAUUUUAUUAGUCAAUUAUGAAAGAGUUAAAAUAGGUGAUUUUGGUCUAAUGCGGAUAAUGCCAAAACAUGAAAAUCAUUAUACAAUGUCAAAUGAUAGUCAAAUACCAUUUGCUUGGUAA